GUUUAACCCAUGUCUGCCACCUCAUUCCACGUAUCAACCAAUGCCCAACCCAAGCCCCACCAUACCCCAUGGUCCUAUAUGCUUUGCGUUUCCAACUGCCCCUUUGAUAUAAUCCACCACAUCGACUCCAAUCUUGUGUAUAUCCUCUUCCAAACCUGCAAAUGCUUUCCACGGCCCAGUUAUGGACUUCCAAUUGGGUCAUCAAUUCAAACCCAAGUAGUAUCUUAUCACUUACAAACGUUUGCAAGUAAUAAUUAUUAUCUUUCUCUCUUCAUCAUGGUUUUAGUAGAAGAAAAGCAUGUAACAGCUGAACUUCUACCCUUCCUCCGUGUGCAUAAUGACGGUACAGUUGAGCGACUAUACAACCCACAAUUAGCACCACCAUCAUCACUGGUGGAUGGCGUGCGGUCGAAAGAUACCGUCAUAUCACCUGAGGUCUCCGCCAGACUCUACCUCCCUUGCAACACGACCGAGAAACUCCCUAUCUUGGUGUACUUCCAUGGUGGCGGUUUUUGUAUCGAGUCUGCUUUCUCCAUCCUCUCCCACCAAUACAUCAACACCAUCGCGUCUCAAGCCAACGCUCUCGUUAUCUCAGUUGACUACAGGUUAGCUCCAGAACACCCUCUCCCGGCAGCUUAUGAAGAUUCAUGGACGGCCCUACAAUGGGUUGCUACACAUUCGACCGAAGGACUCAAUGAGAAAGACGAACCAUGGCUAAUCCAACACGGAGAUUUUAACCGUCUCUAUAUAGGUGGCGAUAGCGCAGGUGCGAAUAUUUCACACCACAUUGCCAUGCGAGUUGGGACGGAAGAAUUACAUGGCGGGGUCAAGAUUCUUGGGGCGUUUCUAUCGCACCCGUACUUUUGGGGAUCCGAACCACUCGGAUCAGAGCCGGUUACUAGUCGUGAGACAUCUCUUUUGUACAGAACAUGGAUGCUUGUUUAUCCUGGUGCACCUGAAGGGAUUGAUAAUCCACACAUCAACCCGUUUGCAAAAACCGCGCCUUGUUUAGCUGGAAUCGGGUGUAGGAGGCUGAUUGUGUGCGUUGCUUCGCAAGACGAGCUAAGAGACCGCGCGGUUCACUACUACGACGCUAUGAGGGAGGGUGGAUGGGAGGGGGAGUUAUCUGUGUUUGAGGUUGAAGGAGAGGGUCAUGGUUUUCAUAUAUUCAAUCCUAACACUAAGAAUGCAAAGGAAAUGUUCAAAAGAUUGGCUGGAUUUCUUCAAGUUUCUUAACAUUUUUUUAUAAAAUGUACAUUUAUGUAUUAUUAAUUUAUUAUGUCAACUGUUGUAAUGUUUUAUUAUGUAAAAUCGCCUAGGGUUGUCCAACUACUUCAAACUUUUAUUUUUGGUUUGUUUGUCAAUUUCAAAUAUUUUAUCCCAAUAUGAAAUCAAAUAGUUGCGGGU